AUGCUUUCCGGAUGUUUGCGGUGCAACCUGGACGAGCAGGGCAGUGGCACCGGGCUUAUCGCGCAGCUGAGCCGCUGGCUGCGCACAGCGCUGUUGCUGAGCUACCUCAAGUCCGUCAAGGCUGAGGGCCUGCUGGCAGCCGGCGACUGCGUGUCAGCGUUGGGACCGCGGCCCCCGCCGUCAGCGCUCGCCCUGCCCAAGGUGCUGACGCACCAGGCUCAGGUGGUGCAGGACGCGUGCGAGCCGCCGAGCAGCGAGGAGACGGGCAUGCCGGCAGCCGCUGAGGCGAACGCCAUCCACAGGUUUCUGCUGCAGCACCAGGAGUUCAGGGACGUGCUGACGCAUCACCAGCAGAAGCUCAAGGCUGGCGCAUACGACUACCCACGGCCCAUGAGCACCUGCGAGCACGCCCAGCAGCUGCGUGCAGAGCUGGCUGGCAUGCUGACAAUGACGGAGCAGCAGCAGAUGCGGCAGCAGGUGCAGCAGCAGCUGAUGCACCAGCUGCAGCUGCAGGCGGCGGCUGGCGCCGCAAAUCCCGCCGGCCUGGCGGAGCUGGGCAAGGAGGAGGAGGAGCAGCAGCAGCAGCAGCAGCAGCAGCAGCAGCAGCAGCAGCAGCAGCUCCCGGUCACUGACAAAGUGGCCAGGCAGCAGCCCGCACCGCCGCUGCGAGGGCAGCAGCAGUGCCGUGAGGCGGGUGCAUCGGAUGAGAUGGCGCCGGUACAGCAGCAGCAGUCUAAGCCCUACCCUGAGCAGGGGCAGAGCACAGAAGGGGCAGCUCUGGCAGGGGAGCAGCUGGCACCUUCACAGCAGCAUGGUGAGCAGCAGCUUGUAUGGCAGCAGGCCCGCCAGCAGCAGCAGCAGCAGCAGCAGCAGCAGCAGCAGCAGCAGCAGCAGCAGCAGCAGCAGCAGCAGCAGCAGCAGCAACAGGCCCAGUCGCAGGCCACUGCGCCUGGGAACAGCAGCAGCCGCACCAGCAGCAGAAGCAGCAGUGGCAGCAGCAGCAGUGGCAGCAGCAGCAGCAGCAGCAGCAGUGGCAGCAGCAGCGGCAGCAGCAGCGGCAGCCGCAGCAGCAGCUUGCCUCGAACAACAGCAGCGCUGCUGCGCCCCUGGCAAGGGAGGGGCAGCAGCUGCGCAUCCCCGCGACAGAAGAAUAGCAUGGCGCACCUGGGCCCCGGCGUCGGCGGCUUCAAAGCUGGAAGCCUCGGCGCGCCGGUUGCAAGUGUGCUGAGUGCCAUAUGCAGCAGGGUGGCGACAGCGGCGGCAGCUUGGCAUCAGGUCCCUCCUCUGCUGUGGCUGCUGCGGCAGCAGCAGCACCAGCGCCAGCAGCUGCGAUGCUCUCUGGCAGCUUUUGGAGUCGGCGGUGGCAACGGCGGCGUAAUAAGCGGCGCCAGCACUAGCGGCGUCGACGAACCCAAAGCCGGGGCAACCGGCCUCGUAGCAUCCACCGGCGCGGCUGCGGGCGUUGCG